UGACAACGUGAUAAAAUAAUAAUUAUUGCUUUUUGUUUUUAUUAUUUAAAGUUUAUAAGAAAACCACCAGAGCACCUAGUAUAAAAACAUCUCAUCUUCUCUUCUCUUUCAUUUCCCAUCUGUAUGUAUUGUGAGUUUUGAGAGUAAUAUCACAAAAGUUGCAAAGUUUUCUGCUUAAGUCAUUGCGCGAUGGAUAGAGUUGAAUCUUAUAUGUUUAAUUUCAACGGUGAUCAGUCUUCUUCUGAGUCUUUCUCUUCUUCUUCGGCGUCUUCUUCCAUUGGGAGGAACAGUGACGACAAUGAAGAAGAGUUUCACGGCGACGGAGAAGAGAACAACGAAGCUGAGUCCUCCUACAAAGGUCCUCUUGAUCUGAUGGAAUCUCUCGAAGAAGUCUUGCCCGUUAGGAAAGGGAUAUCGAACUAUUACAGCGGAAAGUCGAAGUCUUUCACGAACUUAGCGGCGGCUGCGUCGGCGUUGACUUCCUCCUCGUCGAUGAAAGACCUGGCGAAGCCGGAGAAUCCAUACAGCCGUCGGAGGAGGAACCUCCUCUGCCAUCAGAUCUGGGAGAACAGCAAAACGACUCCACGUGGCGGGAUCUCGAAGAAACACGUCAUGAGCUCGAGCAGGAGCGCUUUGACGCUGGCCAUGGCGGUUGCUGCUGGUGUGAUGGCGAGAGAAGGCUCUUCUUCUUC